GCUGCGCGGGCCUUGGCGCGGCCCGCUGGUGGGAGCGGGAGCGGGAGCCGGCGGUUCUCUGCCGCCCGCCCGCUGCGCCCUGACAGGAGGGGCGGGGGCUCCCGGGCAGCGCGGUGCUGCCCUGCUCGGGCCGGGCCCCCGUAGCGCGGCGGGAGGCUGCCUGGGCGCUGCCAGCCGCCCCGUAGCCACUUGGGGGGCGAGCCCGGGUGUGGAGCGGCAGAGCUGCUAAGUGCGUCACUGGCUCUGGCGGAGGAUUCAGAAUGGGAGACAAGCCUAUUUGGGAGCAGAUUGGAUCCAGUUUUGUACAACAUUACUACCAUAUAUUUGAUACAGACAGGACCCAGUUAGGAUCCCUGUAUAUUGAUGCAUCAUGCCUUACCUGGGAAGGGCAGCAAUGCCAGGGCAAAACAGCUAUAGUUGAAAAACUCUCCAGCCUUCCUUUUCAAAAAAUACAGCACAGCAUCACGUCACAAGACCACCAGCCCACGCCUGACAGUUGUAUACUCAGUAUGGUUGUGGGACAACUUAAGGCUGACGAAGAUCCUAUCAUAGGAUUCCACCAGAUAUUUAUAUUAAAGAACAUCAAUGACGCCUGGGUUUGCACCAAUGACAUGUUCAGGCUAGCACUGCACAACUACGGCUGAGCUGGUACCCCCAAGGCACCUGUGCUUUCUCUUUCUCCUCUCCUUUACUGAUAUAUUCACACUCACGGAACAUUCCAAAUAUCAUACACAAACCUGCAACACUGCAGUGAGCGAGCAAGCAAGAUCCAUGACCUGCCCUUCUGCCAAGUUUACGUUGUGUCACUAGAUGAGUUUCUUGUGCAUGAUGUUUGGAAGUUAGACUUAGCUGCAUUUGACAAGAGAAAUGUGUGUUGUACCAGCAUGCCUUGGAAAGGAUCCAUAAUGCAAAAGGUUGUGUCUUUAUGUACUGACCAGUUGCUCUAGUAACCCAAAGAAACGAAAGGAAAGAACAGCAGCCUGUACAGCCCAGAUACUGAUUUGUUCAGAUGUCUCAAUGCUACAUUAUACAAUAAUAAAACCAUGAGAUUUUCUUAACAGUUUAAA